UUUAACAGUCUGUACCUCGCUUUUUUUCUAAUAACUGUGACAGCUGGAUGUUCGUCUUUUUUCUACAAAGAAAAGCCCCUGGAUAAAUGUACAAAGAAAAGAUUGAAAGACAACCCAACCAAGGAAGAUAAAGAUUUCAAGAAUUUAGGUCCUGCCUUGUUCGUGCAAAACUUUAUAGGGACUGUGGAACCAAAAUUGGAGCAAUAUGUAUUUCUGCAAUUACAAUUAGAAGAUAUUGCUGAGAAAUCUGGUUUAUAUCGAGUUUCACAAAAUGAAACAGUCGAAAUUUUGAAAAAACUCAACGAAUCCCAAGAGGUGCAAGAUGUGUUGCAGAAAUGCAACCAAUUCCACACUAUUCCAAAAUGCAACAGCACAGCCAAAUACAGAACUAUAGAUGGAACUUGCAACAAUCUGAAAAGUCCACACUGGGGUAGCGCUGAUUCAACUUCUGAUAGAUUUGUUUCUGCUUCGUAUAAUGGUGUGAGUGGAUUGCGAAAAUCAGUUUCCGGAGAAGAUUUGCCAAAUGCACGAAACAUCAGCAUAAACUUAGAAAAUACGGAUGCUCCAUCCAAUCAAGUAUCGGCUUUCUUUUCUUAUUAUGGACAAAUCUUGGUCCACGAUAUUACCCUUGGUCCAGGUAUAUCUAGAAAUGGAACCAUAAUACCUUGCUGUGUAGAAAAUCCUGAUCCCAACUGCAUCGAUAUUGAAGUUAGUCCUGACGAUCCUUUCUACAACCAGUUUAAUUUGUCAUGCAUACCAUUUGCAAGAACAGCUCCUUAUCCGCAAUGCAAUUUUGAUAAAAGGCAGCAGAUGAAUAAAAAGACUGCCUUCCUGGAUGUUUCUCUUAUCUACGGAAGUAAUGAUAAAGAAGCUCAACAAAUGAGAGCAAACGAUUCCUCGGGUAGACUAAAUACUCGUCAAACUCCUUUCGGGGAAAUACUGCCACAUGCUUCCAGCAACAAAACCCUGUUUUGUCCUGCCAAUGAAAUUGAAAAGUGUUUCUUAUCAGGUGACGAACGAGUAAACCAGCAUACAAUGGUAAUCUGUGUGCAGACUCUAUUGGUCCGUUUACACAAUACUAUACAUGACAAGUUGUUUGGCUUGAAUCCUCAUUGGGAUAAUGAAACACUCUAUCAGGAAACCAGGAGAAUAGUCGUUGCUCUUCAGCAAAAUAUAGUCUACCAAGAAUAUCUACCAUGGCUAGUAGGACCAGAAAGUAUGAAGAAAUACAAUCUAUCGGUGGAUGCAGUUUCUUUGUAUGAUGAAAAAACUAGACCUUUCCUGUUCAUUGAGUUCAAUACUGCAUCCUUUCGGUUGCAUAGCAUGUUGCCAAAAGCUGUGAGCACACAUUAUCCGGAGAUAAGAAUGAGCCUUACAUACUCUUACUUCUGUCCAGUUUAUAAUGGACAGUUGGACGCCUACAUCACUGGAUCGUGUGAAGCCCCAUCUGAAAAGUAUGACCGUUUUGUGAAGGUUGAUGUCACUGACUACUUGCACAGACCACCCAAAGCAUCUUUCGGAGUUGAUAUCGCUGCUAUCAACAUCCAAAGAGGGCGAGAUCAUGGACUCUCAAGCUACACCGACGUGGUUGAGAAGUGCUCAGAGGGGAAAACCAGGAUCGAAACAUUUUCUGAUCUCUUAAACAGAAUGUCACAAGAUAGUGUCGAGUUUCUGAAGAAAAUAUACACGGACGUAAGGGAUAUUGACUUAUGGGUAGGAAUGACAGUGGAGAAACCGAUAGAAGGGGGUGUGACAGGCCCUACUGCUACGUGUAUAUCAGCCAUUCAGUUUCAUCGUCUAAAAUUUGGUGACAGUUUCUUCUAUACACAUGAAAAUGGAAGAUAUCCUUUCACAAAAGAUCAACUGGAAACUAUUAAAUCUUUCUCAGUGGCACGCUGGCUUUGCGACACUACAAGCUAUGAUGAAGUUCGUAGACACCCAUUUGCUGUACCUGGGAAAAAUAAUCCUGUUACAGCAUGCCAAAAAAUACAGCCUCUUGACUUAUCAUUGUGGAGAGAGAAACCAUGACUAAAACCAUGACUUAGUGAAGCUAGGGUUAAUGAGAUAAAUGAAAUUAAUUCGAUGUGUAACGAUUUAUCUUUGACAUUUUUAGUGUUAUAUGGUACUGUGAUUCCCAAAUUUUUUUCGACUCCAGAACCCUAUACGAUCAACAUUUUUUCGACGGAAAUUCAAUUUCAUAACUAAAGUAUAAAAAGACAAUUGUAAACGUAUUAACCUAUAAAAGUCAGCUUUAUUUUGAUAAUAUUUAUAGAGGAGGAUGGCAUUUUUCAUCGUUUUAUCAUUAACUAUUUUAAAUUAGCUUUUAUAUCAGACAAUUGGAUAUUUGCACUGCAAGAAGGAAAAGAUCACUGAUACUCACACAUAUGAUCUACGACGUCAGCAUCGUUAUAAGCAAAAUGUCGUUUCAAAGUUGGGCUAAUUUUCUCCACACAAGUU